AUGACUGUUGCGGCUGGCUGUAUCUGCUGGGAAGUCGCGUCAAGCAAUCAUGCACGCCCCACAGUAUUCACAGCUCUCGCACUGUUACACAGAUGGAAGUCGGCAUUGGCCUGCUCGCUGGAUUUUCCUCCAUUCUUGGGAUUUAACCCGUCUGGUGUAUUCUUUGCUUCAACCGAAAAUGUAGGUACAAGCUCCACAGCCAUUCAGAAAUCUGCACUCAUGACCUUUGACGAUCCGACUCCAGAUUCUUCCUCUGAUGACAGCCAGUCUCUGACGUCUGCCUCUGCAGAAGAUAAUUCGCAAGAUGAAUGGGCUGUCCGCAGAAUAUUGGCGGAAGCAAAGGUCCGAGAUGAAGUCAGAUACCUUAUAGAUUGGGACGGCUUUGACCUUUGUGAAGCAACUUGGGAGCCAGCAUCCCACCUGAGCGAAGGGCUUCUCGAACAAUGGCUGGCUACCACGAAGGAAACAGGAAAGAAAACUGCCCUGGGAUUCACAAUAGAGUCAUGGAGGCAAGCUGUGAGUGACGAUAUCCGCGCCAAGUACGCGAAACAUGUGGCAAGAAAUAAGAAAAGGGAUUUGCGGGGUCUGGAGCAAAUCCAACUUGACUGCACUCUCGAAGAAUGGAUAAGCUCGGUACAAGGGGAAUACAGGGACGAGAUCGGCGAUAUAAAGGAAUGCAGCAAUGCGGUACCACCCACUCUAGACGAUAAUCCCAGAGUUGUCAAAACAGCCCAAGGACGAAAGCAAGACACUAUAGGAGGACAACAAGGGACUCAUCAAGGAGAAAUGUGUCGAUCAAGUGAAGACCCGCACAGUCAAAGAAAGUCAAAUUCGUUGGCAAGGGAAGGAUUGCAGGUUUCUUCAGAUGUGUGUCCGAACAAGAAUAAGGUGCCUACACCAUCAAUGCCUGAUGCGUGUUCACCAGCUCUUCGAGAAAGAACAUCGACCGCUAAUCCAAACUCAAAGGGAGCGCCAAUCCACUUGGUGUCCCCCAAAUUGCAUUCUGCAAAAAAAGUCUCAGCAAGAAAGCCUGUGAUGGACGCAGCUCAGUUGUCGAAUGUAUUUAUCGGCGGUACGAAACGCAAAGCCCGGCGGAACUUGCUUGACGUAGCAUCAGAUAUCAAUCAGGCCCCGAAACUCCUCAAUCAUCGUAAAAGACGCUUAAUACAGAAAGGAUUGAGGGAUAAGGAGGGUGUGACAGCCCCGGCGCCGCUGAGGAACCAAUUUCUAGCUGAAACUCAUGACUUGGUCGUUCCCGGGAAACUUGAUAUGGUGUCAAAUAAUGGGAAUCACAAGGGAAUUCUGUUACCGAGCGACUCUCUUGUUCAUGCUGGAUCGGAAUCGAAAGAAAAGGCGAAAAAACGGGUGCAUUGGGAAGAUAGCAUUCCGAAUCUGGAACUGCAAGACCUGGAUGAGUUCGAAAGUCUCUUUGUAGAUGAUGAUACCUCUCCUAUAACUCCCGACGACUAUGAAAGCAAGGAGCGAGAUUCUACGGAAACCGUAUCCAAGGACACCGACGCAACAACUUCAGUACUACUUGACAUAGGGAGCGAAGGUCACACGAUUUCGAAAGUCUGCCGUUUCGGGCCUGACGGACGCUUAGUGGCUUUGUUGACUUUCCAUGGCAUGAACUUGAGCCGCAACCCUUCCUGGGCUUGCCUUUUUGAAGGCCAAAGCCGGCUGGACUUUUGCCACACAUGCACAAAGCAGGAUGUCUUAUCCCAGACCGGACACCGGACACUUGAGGAACUGAGUGUCUGCCAGGGAACUGUUUCAUUCUGUGAGGAGGACAGGCUUGCCUUUGUAUCAGUGACCAGUCAACUACAAAUUGGAUGUGCUGGGGCAGCUUGCCAUCAAAACGACUUUUGCAUUCUGAUUUUUUGUCCAUCACCCUUAAGCUGGGCUGAGGCGUCUUCGAGCGCGGUCGACUUACCUCAAGGAGAACCUGGUCUGGGGUUUCUAAUUUUUAAAUCAGCUCCCCAAUUUCCACUCUCAAUGCUGGCCCCAAUUGUACCACCGACUGCGGUACAGCGGUACAGCGUGUCGGACUCUCUUAAAAUAUUCGACAUGUUUUUUGACAGCAUCCGCGCCUAUCUGGGACUCGACCAGGAAGACAAAAGGGCGCCAAUCAACUUCUUCCUGCUGUUCCCACCAACGGCUCAUCAGCUAGUUAUCUUAUUUUCUCGGUGGCUUCAGGAAUCGAUAGUCAACUGCAACAUUAAAACGAGCUUACAACCAGGCCAGUGGUCUACCUUUUCCGCCCUUGAUAGUGGCACCAUAAUCGUUCAUGAGGAUGCGCUGUCGACCUUGUCAUCACUUCCCGGCCUAUCAAAUACUCUACACAGCCAAAGAGGGGUCAGGUUCGAGUUUCUGGCCUUUUCUCCUUCUGGUGCGCUUGGAAAGCAUUUCCCACAACUCAACAACAAUAAUGGAGCGGAAACUGAUGGCUGUAUAAUUCGACUCUUUCCACAAGGCACCGUCAUCUUGCUCACGCCGAGCUUUUUUGUGUCUCAGCCGGAGGCUGCUUACAGUUUUCUCAAAUGGUUUCGACAAUAUAACACUGAUCGUGGUUCUCUCUAUGGACCAAAAAAAUUGGCUGUAUGGUCUGACAUACACGGCUGGCUGUUGGAUCUGGCUCUUCAUAAAGGUAGCCAAAAGAUGCAUUCAGAAAUUAGUGUAAGUAAAAGAUCUAUUGAGGCAUUGUUGAAAUGUUUCAACCUUUUGCAGAAUAUCAUCUCGGAGGUAGAAGAUGACCACGAAGGACCACUGAUUUACGCCCCAGAGGUACUCGAUGGUAACGAUGAGCAAAGCCUAGUCAACUGGUUUGGUUCUUGGGCGGGACUACAUAUUCAUCACUACAGGAAAUUUCUGGUCCUGGGGUCUAGCAAUCACGUUGAAGCAAGACUAUCUCGAGUUAUUCGAUCAGUCCAAUUUAUUACCUCUUGCACAGAGCAUCUCCCCUGCCAAAAUGCUCCAACCAGCAGACUGGACGGCAAUUUGUGGCCAGAAAGCUCUGUAUAUCCGGAAGUAGCUUUGGCCGCAAAAGCUCAGAGUUUUCUCACCGAAAUAGACGAAAGCUAUACGGGCCUGACUUUCUCUCCUUUGGUUUUGUACAGGUUUCCAAUUACGUACUGGGGUCCAAAAACGACGUUACAAUGGGAGGAGUUUGUGCCAUUUUUCAAGGAUUAUGGCGACUGGUUUGACGAUUUCAAGCAGCCAUUCUUCUCCAGAAUAAUGAAAACGGGCGCUAUCAAUGUUCUCCCAAAUUUUAAGAAUACUUAUCUUGGGCUUUUCUUCACUACAGACAAGGAGCAUAGUACGACCUCGGCUUCAUCGCAGGAAGUUCGAAGUCUGCAUCCUUGGAUUGCUAUUUACAGACCAGCCGAAAUUCACAUCAAACCUUGGAGGUCUAUGGAGUUACUACUCUGGGAUCCCUACGUCCGCCACCACAACGCUCAUGGUAACGGGCUUUGCGAAACAGAUCUUGUGCCCGCUCAGAAAGCGCUUGUUACUCACAUUCGCGAGAAAAGUCGAGAUCCGAAAACUACAUUUCCUCUCGAACGUGUGUGGGUUGGGCCGUUUGAUCAUCAGCAGGAUGACGGGGUCGUGGACCCAUUUGAUAGUGUUUUUCGUUGGAUUGCGGGCAUUUCUCGCCUGGUCAAAGAGAGGCUCCCCUUGUGUGACAAACAACUCCGCUCUCGGGGAUGGCGGAUGUUCAACCCCGAAACCAUGUCGUCAAAUGCCACAAGACUCAACGCAGCAAAGACACCUUCGGCUGGCUCAAAUACCGGCAACCAAUCUCUGGCACUUCGUACGGUUUUCCCAGCUCCCAGACCCGCCACAGCCACUGAGCCAUGGCCAAUCUGCAAUAAUCGUUUUCAAGAGGCGGUCUCGAGGCAUCGAGGCUCGCAUGAGAUACCCUUUACGUUCCAGCCAACCUUGAAAUGGUAUGGAGAGCAAGUUGAAGCAGGGAGAGGGCUACAUCACAUCAAAGUUUCCGACUGGCAAUCCGUUUUUGCCAGGUAUAAGAUUCAAGAUUCUGGGGAUGAAUAUUAA